UUUUGUUCCGGAUACAGGUGAAAAACCAAGGAAGAAUUUUCAUUGGCUGCGAAUCACGUGGUUCUCAAGCUUAUACGCACGUGAUGUGUCAUGUGCUAUUUUGUGGUGGUUGGUGCAAAUAUUGCAACCACUUCAAUGAACACUAUCAACUUCCUUGAGCCCCAUACCGUGAAUACUAUAGAGUUGGAGAGGGAGAAUGACAUUGAAUUUGUAGCGAAAUACCUGGAGAAAACAAUUUCAAAUGUUAAUUCUACAAAUUAUGGAAAAUCACUGAUUCUGGAUCUAGAGAUGGUUUAUAGAUGCGGUGAAUUAAAUCUACAGAGUAAAUUGAUGGAAUUAGAGCAACCGAAAAUUACGAGAAAGUCCCGCAUCAAGCAAUUAUUUCUAAGAAUUGGCCUAAGUGAUCAUCUAAGCUUCCUUGACUUCUUCACCAAAAAGAGCAGACGCAAACAAGACGAGCCAACCGUUGUUCCAACUCCUCAGGCAUUACUUGACGCACUUUAUCCUCGAUAUACAGUGAUCAACGAGGUAGAGACAGAAUUGCUUAGUGGGAAGUCGAGAAUACUCCCGGGCAGUCCAGCUUCGCAUUCCUCAAAUUCAAUCAGUCUGGUUAAAAACAUAUCGUUGGGGGCAAUGGACUACAGUGGAAUACUGCAGGAGCCACUACUAUCGAAUGUCUCACUUGAAGUGGACAAUUUGACACCCAUCGCGAGCCCCGUCAACUUGGUGUUAUUACAAUCCUCGGAGGCAGACAACUUUCUCCCAUGAGCGAUUCUAUGCGGAACCCGAGGUCUUUCAUCACCGCUGUUUGCGACCCUGAUGUCCCAUCUUCGGGCCAUCGUACCGCCACCAAUUCACGCAAUGAUAUCAUUACCCAUAUUCACGAAGCUGGUGGUAUUGGGGUCUACCCAUUCACAUAUUUUUAACGUAUCGUAUCCAGAAGGUUCCAUUGGAAACCGAAUUCCCACCCAUGGUAUCUCGUUUCGUGCCAUUAAU